AUGAUAAAAAAAGAAGAAAAAAUACGUAAAGAUGUUUUAAAUAAGACAUUAUUAAAUAAUAAUACAAGUACAAAUAUAAUAUUAACACCAGCAUCAAAAAACCAUAGAACCAAUAGUAGUGGUAAUGAAAAUGAGCUUGUAAUAUGUAAAAAAAGCAUCACGCCAUUAAUGCAAUUAAAGGAGAAAUUGAAAGAAUUAAAAAAUAAACCAAAAGAAGAAGCUUUUACAAGUUUAAAGUUAAUUGAGAGAGAUUUUAAAUUGAUUCAAGAAUUAUUCGUGGAACAUGUAAAAAAGUUUUCAUGCAUUUAUAACCAGGGACUAGGAGUGGAAGUGAGAACAGCAAUGGGAGGAGCAACAACAGGAGUAGUAGCAACAACGGGAGCGGCAACAACAGGAGUAGCAGCAACAACAGGAGUAGCAACAACAGGAGUAGCAACAACAACGGGAGCAGCAACAACAGGAGUAGCAACAGUAGCAGUAACGGGAAAUGCAACAAAUGGAGUGUUGGCAAAAGAGUUAAGUGGAAUUUGUGCCGCCCAAAGGCCAAUAAUGGGGCAAGAAUUGGUCAAAUCAGGACAUGAGGAUCUUAUCGAACCUGGAAAUUCAAAUUGUCAAAUACCCCACCAAUCUUUAAACAAUCAUCCCACUUUGAUGACAAGUACCUUUAAUGGAGCUUCUAAAGCAAUGAGUUCUCAGAUUCCCAUGUCACAAUUACAACAACAACAGAUUCUGUUACAUUUGCAACAUCAGAAACAUCAAAGGGAGCUUGAGCAACAACAACAAAAUUAUCUACAGCACUUAAUUAGUCAUCAAAUACAGUUAAAGAAUAAUGUGGCUUCAUCUAUACCCACUGUUACCACAAAUAAAAACAAUUCUUCUCAGUUAGGUUCAAAUAUGAACUCAAAUAUCCCAAUUAGAAAUAUUGUCUCACACCCAUAUUACUAUCAUCAACAAUCAACUACUAAUAAUUUCUCUUCAGCAAAAAUGACAGCAGGUCAAAAUCCCGAAGCCAGUCAACAAUUCCUUUUGAACCAAGGAGUUGGGGGAGUUGAUGUUAGAAUGUCUCCUUUAUCUUCAGACCAGAUGAGAACAGGAGGAAUAGCUAAUGGAAUAGUAAUGACUUCAUCUGCAGAACAGAUGAAAGCAGAAGGAGUAACAAGUGGAGUUAGAAUAACCCCUCCAAACACUGGGAUUGGAGUGGCUUCUUUAAGCACAGGAACUGUAGUGGCUCCUCCAAACACUGGUACUGUAGUGGCUUCUCCAAACACUGGUACUGGAAUGGCUCCUACAAACACUGGGAUUAGAGUAAAUCCUCCAAAUACUGGGAUUGGAAUGGCUCCUACAAACACUGGAGUCAGAAUGUCUCCUCCAUCUACAGGACAGAUGGGAAUGGGAAUUAUUACUGGAGUUAGAGCAACCUCUCCAAGCACUGGAAUUGGAGUAGCUCCUUUAAACACCGGAAUUAGAGUAACUCCUCCAAAUACUGGAGCUGGAAUGGCUCCUCCAAACACAGGAACUGUAGUGGCUCCCACAAACACUGGAAUCAGAAUGUCUUCUCCAUCUACAGGACAGAUAGGAAUGGGAAUUGCCAGUGGAGUUAGAGUAAAUCCUCCAAAUACCGGAGCUGGAGUAACUCUUUCAAAUGUUGGAAUUGGAGUAGCUCCUUUAAACACUGGAAUUAGAGUAAAUCCUCCAAAUACUGGAGCUGGAGUAACUCCUCCAAAUACUGGAAUUGGAGUAGCUCCUUUAAACACUGGAAUUAGAGUAACUCCUCCAAAUACCGGAGCUGUAGUGGCUCCUACAAACACUGGAGUCAGAAUGUCUUCUCCAUCUACAGGACAGAUAGGAAUGGGAAUUAUCACUGGAGUUAGAGUAAAUCCUCCAAACACCGGUACUGGAGUUGCUACUACAAACACUGGAUUUGAAGCACUCACCACAAACAUCACUAAUGUAACCAAUCCUAAUCUCAAAAACACAACAAUUAGAGAUCCUUUUUUACCUCAAACUUAUAAAAAAUGA